AGUGCGGCAUUCCCCCCCCCCCGUCGCGUCGUGGGGGCAGGGGAAGAAGCAAGAUGGCGCCGGCUGCGAGCGGGGACCGGGGGCUUAAGAGCCUGGUUUGGCAAAAGCUAAAAACAGCAGUGUUUGAUGACUGUAGGAAAGAAGAGGAAUGGAAGAUAAUUCUUCUAGAUGACUUCACCACAAAGCUUCUGUCAUCAUGUGGUAAAAUGACAGACUUGUUAGCAGAAGGGAUCACUGUUGUGGAGAAUGUUUAUAAAAACCGUGAGCCAGUCCCUAACAUGAAAGCCAUUUAUCUCAUCACACCUACAGCAAAGUCUGUAGAUGGGCUUAUAAAUGACUUCGUCAGUAAAUCAUCCAGCAAGUACAAAGCAGCAUAUGUCUACUUUACUGACUUUUGUGAUGACAAACUUUUCAAUAAAAUGAAGUCAUCUUGUUCAAAGGCCAUAAGACGGUGCAAAGAAAUAAAUAUUAACUUUUUCCCUUAUGAAUCACAGGUAUUUACCCUUGAUGUCCCAAAUGCUUUCUAUCGCUGCUACAGUCCCAUCAUGGAGAAGACAAAUGACACCGUAAUGGAGCAAAUAGCUGAACAAAUUGUUACAUUAUGUGCCACUCUAGAAGAAAAUCCUGGUGUAAGAUACAGAAGCAAGCCUUUGGAUAACGCCAGCAAACUUGCACAAUUAGUUGAGAAAAAGCUUGAAAACUACUAUGAAUCUGAUCAACGAAGUCAAGGAAAGGGGAAAACCCACUCCCAGCUGUUAAUAAUUGAUCGUGGCUUUGACCCCGUGUCGACUGUGCUCCAUGAACUCACUUUUCAAGCAAUGGCUUAUGAUCUGCUACCAAUUGAAAAUGACACAUACAAGUAUAAGACGGAAGGUGCAAGUGGAAAAGAAAGGGAAGCCAUUCUGGAAGAAGAUGACGACCUCUGGGUGAAAAUCCGACACAGGCAUAUUGCGGAUGUGUUGGAGGAAAUACCAAAACUUAUGAAAGAAGUUUCAUCAAAGAGAAAGGCAACAGAAGGAAAACUAUCGUUAAGUAAUCUGGCUCAGCUCAUGAAGAAGAUGCCCCACUUUCGCAAACAGAUUACUAAGCAAGUAGUGCAUCUUAAUAUAGCUGAAGAUUGCAUGAGUAAAUUUAAGAAUAACAUAGAAAAGCUGUGCAAAGUUGAACAGGAUUUGGCUCUUGGAACAGAUGUAGAGGGACAGAAAGUGAAAGAUCAGAUGCGAGUCCUUCUUCCAGUACUGCUCAAUAAAAAUCACGAUAGCUAUGAUAAGAUAAGAGCCAUCCUCCUCUAUAUCUUCAGCACAAAUGGAACUACACAAGAGAACUUGGACAAGCUGAUCCAGAACGUACAGAUCGAAAAUGAUAGCGACAUGAUAAAAAAUUGGAAGUAUCUUGGUGUACCUGUCGUCAUCGCAGCUGCAUCACAACAGCGCAGAUCAUCGAGGAAGGAUCGUUCCUCAGAACAAACAUUUCAGCUUUCUAGGUGGACACCUGUUAUUAAGGAUAUUAUGGAGGAUGCUAUAGAAAAUAAACUGGACUCAAAAGACUGGCCUUAUUGUUCCCAGUGCCCUGCACCAUGGAAUGGUUCUGGAGCAGUGAGUGCUCGCAAUAAACCCAAAACUAGUUACUUGGACGACCGGAAAAGUGGAUCAAGGCUAAUUGUGUUUGUCAUUGGAGGCAUUACAUAUUCUGAGAUGCGCUGUGCAUAUGAAGUUUCUCAAGCCUACAAGUCUUGUGAAGUUAUUAUUGGUUCCACUAACAUCGUGACACCUAGAAGACUACUGGAUGAUGUAAAAGCACUUACUGUAACAAAAUCAAAGGAUACAGUCUUUUUUAAGAAUGAAUAGAAAUUAUAACGUUCAAAGAUUUUCAGCUGUGCUUAACUUAAGAGAUAUUAAGAACACAUAAUAUAAAUAUUAUGGAUACAAUUUAGUGACAAUUAAGAGUGUUUUAAGUUCAAAUGAUUACAGUGGGUGAAGUGUUACAUAUCUGACUUCCCUAUUGAAAUCAGCAGGUCUUAAAAGUCCUUGAUUUGAACUGGAUUGUACCCUGUGUACAUAUUUUAUAAAUCAGUGCUGUAUUUGGGACUGUUCUUUUUAUAAUUUGAAAUCUGCUUUCCUUGGGUUGGGGGGAAGGGGAAGGUAAUGGAUAAGAAUAAGAUGUAUGUAACAGCUUAUGUUUUUAUAUUAAUGUACUUGGUUAUUGAUGGCAUUUUGCUGCAAAGUGUUUGGUGUAGAGAAUGCUCACCAUUGCAAUAUAUCAUGCUAGGACUUGGGAAACAUUUGUAUAUAUGCUAAUGAUUUUUCAGUAAUAAUGUGUAAACUUUCUAUCCUGAAAAAAAAGUCUGUUUCUAAAAAUACUAUUAUAAAAGGGCAAUGAGCUUAGCUACAAGAGGAAAUGUAAAUGUAUAGCACAAUUUCACAACCACAAUUUGGUAAGCUACAAGAUUCCAUGCAACUUGUAAGAGUGUCAUAGACAGCUGCUUUCAGUGAGGUACAAAGUGUAAGUUAAACUUUUCCUGAAAAAUCUCAAGACAGAACUUUGGUUAUGUGUGUCGGGGAUUGCAUGGUUCUCUGUAUGGUAUUUGGGUGAAGUUAAUCAUGAAAGUAAUAAACCUUUUAUCAACAAUCAAGAA